AUGGUUUUUGGAACGUUGCACACAUUUCCUGGCGACCAGUGUCGAACGAUAGCCAUCAAGGCCGUCGCCAAGCACAAUGGUCUCGACCUCGACAUUCGCGAGAUGCCCAGGACCCCCGACCAUUUGAGCAUUAGCAAACUCGGCAAGGUUCCUGCCUUCGAAGGUGCGGAUGGCUUCAAGCUCUUUGAAUGCAUGGCGAUUGCUCUCUAUGUCACUUCUCAAAAUGAACAGACAACUCUCCUCGGAGGGAACAAGAAGGAAUACGCCGAGAUCAUUAAGUGGAUGUCUUUCUUCAAUACAGAGAUAGUCAUUCUUAUGACUCAAAUGUUACUGCCCCAGCUUGGUAUAAUUCCCUACGACAAAGACCAGGUUGAGUUGUUCACCAACAUGACCCAGAGAUCCGUCGAUGUGGUCGAGGAGUAUUUGCAAGACCGCAAAUUCCUGGUUGGUGAGCAGCUAUCACUUGCCGAUCUGUUUUGUGCCGGAAACAUCUCUCUCGGCUUCCAAUUUUUCUACGGCAAAGCUUGGAGGCAACAGAAUCCCAAUGUGUCCCGUUGGUACGAGAUGAUUUGCCAUCAGCCAAUUUAUCAGGCUGUGACCGAGAAGUUUCAGCUUCUGGAUGAGCCCAAGUUGACCAACAAUCCGCCCGAAAAGAAGCCUGAGAUACCACAGCCAACGCCUGAGACCGCCCCCCGGGAAUGUUGA